AUGGGGCGUCUCAAGCUGCAGACUGGGAUCAAGUCAAUUGAGGAAGAAACUGAGGAAUGUGAUGCCACCAAUUCUCAUAAAUCUACCAUAGCAUGCAUCAUUAAUUCAGAAAUAGGUUCCGUUUUAGCGGUUAUGAGGAGGAAUGUGAGAUGGGGAGGACGGUAUAUGUCAGGUGAUGAUCAGCUUGAACAUUCUUUGAUCCAAUCAUUAAAGGCGCUACGCAAGCAAAUCUUCUCAUGGCAGCAUCAGUGGCAUACCAUAAAUCCUGCUGUGUAUCUCCAGCCAUUUCUGGAUGUGAUUAGAUCGGAUGAAACUGGUGCACCAAUCACUGGUGUUGCUUUGUCAUCUGUUUACAAUAUCUUAACACUUGAUGUGAUCGAUCAGAAUUCUGUCAAUGUUGACGAUGCCAUGCACAUGUUAGUUGAUGCCAUCACUAGCUGUCGAUUUGAGGUGACUGAUCCUGCAUCUGAAGAAGUGGUACUGAUGAAGAUACUACAGGUUCUUCUGGCCUGCAUGAGGAGUAAAGCAUCUGUUAUGUUGAGUAAUCAACAUGUUUGCACUAUAGUGAACACAUGUUUCCGGAUAGUUCAUCAAGCAGGAACAAAAGGUGAAUUAUUGCAGAGAAUAGCUCGCCACACCAUGCAUGAACUUGUCAGAUGUAUUUUCUCACACCUUCCAGACGUCCACAGCACCGAAAGUGCAUUGGUAAAUGGAAACAAUACUGUCAAGCGAGAGAUUGCAGGAGUUAAUAAUGAGUAUGCUUUUGGGAGUAGACAAUUAGAGAAUGGAAGCAUAAAUUCUGAGUAUGAUCUUCAACAAUUAUCCACAAUUCCUGCCUCAAAUGGUUCCUCUGGUCUGGCAGCAUCUGGGAUGGAUGAUACUACAAUUGGGGCUUCUGGCGGGAAGGAGGCUGUUCAGUAUGACUUGCAUCUAAUGACUGAGCCCUAUGGGGUCCCUUGCAUGGUGGAAAUAUUUCACUUUCUUUGUUCGUUGCUAAAUGUCUCUGAGCAUAUGGGAAUGGGUCCCAGAUCUAAUACCAUAGCAUUUGACGAAGACGUGCCUCUUUUUGCCUUGGUUUUAAUCAAUUCAGCUAUAGAGUUGGGUGGGGCGUCCAUUCAGCAUCACCCCAAGUUACUGAAUUUGGUUCAGGAUGAAUUGUUUCGGAAUCUGAUGCAAUUUGGACUAUCAACUAGUCCACUUAUUCUUUCAAUGGUUUGCAGCAUCGUCCUUAAUUUGUAUCACCAUCUGCGCACUGAACUUAAACUUCAGCUCGAGGCUUUCUUUUCAUGUGUGAUAUUGAGGCUUGCACAAAGCAGGUAUGGAGCUUCUUAUCAACAGCAGGAGGUUGCUAUGGAGGCUCUUGUUGACUUCUGCAGGCAGAAAAAUUUCAUGGUGGAGAUGUAUGCUAACUUGGAUUGUGACAUAACUUGCAGUAAUGUAUUUGAAGAACUUGCUAAUUUGUUGUCAAAGAGUGCAUUCCCUGUUAAUUGCCCUUUGUCUUCAAUUCACAUUCUUGCCUUGGAUGGUCUCAUUGCUGUCAUUCAGGGAAUGGCAGAAAGGGUAGGGAAUGGAUCAGUUAGUUCUGCGCAUACUCCAGUAAAUCUGGAGGAGUAUACUCCGUUCUGGAUGGUGAAGUGUGACAACUACAGUGAUCCUAAUCACUGGGUUCCAUUUGUUCGCCGGAGGAAGUAUAUAAAGAGAAGAUUGAUGAUUGGAGCUGAUCAUUUCAACCGUGACCCAAAGAAAGGGCUGGAGUUCCUCCAAGGAACUCAUCUGUUGCCUGAGAAACUUGAUCCUCAAAGUGUGGCCUGCUUUUUCAGGUAUACAGCUGGGCUAGAUAAGAAUCUUGUUGGGGAUUUCUUGGGAAAUCAUGACGACUUUUGUGUUCAGGUUCUUCACAAAUUUGCUGGUACCUUUGAUUUCCAAGAUAUGAAUUUGGAUACUGCACUCCGCCUUUUCUUGGAAACUUUUCGUUUGCCUGGAGAAUCACAAAAGAUACAAAGGGUUCUUGAAGCAUUCUCAGAGAGAUAUUAUGAACAAUCACCUCUAAUUCUUGCUAAUAAGGAUGCUGCCCUUCUGUUAUCAUAUUCAAUCAUAAUGCUUAAUACAGAUCAGCACAAUGUUCAGGUGAAGAAGAAGAUGACAGAGGAGGAUUUCAUUCGGAAUAACAGACACAUCAAUGGAGGCAGUGAUCUUCCUCGAGAUUUCCUGGCAGAGCUUUAUCACUCAAUAUGCAAGAAUGAGAUCCGCACUACUCCUGAACAAGGUGCUGGUUAUCCUGAAAUGACCCCAAGUCGGUGGAUUGAUUUGAUGCACAAAUCCAAGAAGAAUGCUCCAUUCAUUGUAUCUGAUUCUAGGGCCUACCUAGAUCAUGAUAUGUUUGCUAUAAUGUCGGGCCCUACAAUUGCUGCAAUCUCUGUGGUAUUUGAUCAUGCAGAACAUGAAGAGGUUUAUCAAACAUGCAUUGAUGGAUUUUUAGCUAUAGCAAAGAUUUCAGCAUGCCACCAUCUUGAAGAUGUACUAGAUGAUCUGGUUGUGUCUCUCUGUAAGUUCACAACUCUGUUAAACCCAUCAUCAGUUGAGGAACCUGUGCUAGCCUUUGGUGAUGACACAAAAGCUAGAAUGUCUACUGUGACAGUUUUCACCAUUGCCAAUAGGUAUGGUGAUUAUAUUCGCACUGGUUGGAGAAAUAUUCUCGACUGCAUCUUAAGAUUACACAAGCUUGGUCUUCUUCCAGCUCGUGUGGCUAGCGACGCAGCUGAUGAAUCCGAGUUUUCUGCAGACGCAGGUCCUGGCAAGCCGAUACCAAAUGCUCUAUCUUCAGUUCAGUUGGCUACUGUGGGUACUCCUAGGAGAUCUUCUGGAUUGAUGGGUAGGUUUAGUCAGCUCUUAUCUCUUGACACAGAGGAGCCGAGAUCACAACCCACCGAACAACAACUUGCUGCUCAUCAACGGACCCUUCAGACAAUUCAAAAGUGCCACAUUGACGGCAUUUUCACUGAGAGCAAAUUUCUGCAGGCUGAAUCCUUGUUACAGCUUGCAAGGGCAUUGAUUUGGGCCGCAGGGCGACCACAGAAAGGCAACAGCUCUCCGGAGGAUGAAGAUACUGCUGUGUUCUGUUUGGAAUUGCUGAUUGCUAUUACCCUAAAUAAUAGGGAUAGGAUUGUGCUUCUUUGGCAGGGUGUAUAUGAGCACAUAUCUAACAUUGUUCAGUCAACCGUGAUGCCUUGUGCCCUGGUGGAAAAGGCUGUUUUUGGACUUCUUAGAAUUUGCCAGCGGCUGCUUCCCUAUAAAGAAAACCUUGCUGAUGAACUGCUGAGGUCCCUGCAGCUUGUCUUAAAGCUUGAUGCUCGGGUUGCAGAUGCCUACUGUGAGCAAAUUACUCUGGAAGUCAGUCGCCUUGUGAAAGCAAACGCUUCUCACAUCAGAUCCCAGCUAGGGUGGCGCACAAUUACAUCCCUAAUCUCCAUCACGGCCCGCCACCCCGAAGCUUCUGAGGCUGGGUUUGACACACUGUCCUUCAUUAUGUCUGAUGGAACCCACCUGAUGCCCACCAAUUAUAAUCUAUGUGUUGAUGCAUCAAGGCAAUUUGCUGAGUCUCGUGUUGGGCAGACAGAGCGAUCUCUGACCGCAUUAGAUCUUAUGGCAGGUUCUGUUGAUUGUUUGGUACGGUGGGCACACGAGGCUAAGAAAGCUACUAAUGAGGAGGAAGCUGUGAAAAUGUCUCAGGAUAUUGGAGAAAUGUGGUUACGGCUUGUUCAGGGGUUGAGAAAAGUUUGUUUGGACCAAAGAGAAGAGGUCAGGAACCAUGCUUUGUCAUUGUUGCAGAAGUGCUUGACUGAAGUUGAUGGGAUCCCUCUUCCACAUGGUCUGUGGUUACCGUGCUUUGAUCUUGUAAUCUUCACAAUGCUUGAUGACUUACUUGAAAUUGCACAAGGACACUCCCAAAAAGACUACCGGAACAUGGAAGGCACACUUAUCUCUGCCAUGAAGCUCUUGUCAAAAGUGUUUCUGCAGCUACUCUCUGACCUGUCACAGUUAACAACCUUCUGCAAACUAUGGCUGGGUGUUCUCAGUCGAAUGGAAAAAUACAUGAAGGCGAAAGUUAGAGGGAAGAAAAGUGAUAAGCUUCAGGAACAAGUACCAGAGCUACUUAAGAACACCUUGGUUGUUAUGAAUUCGAAGGGAGUGCUUGUUCAGAGGAGUGCUUUAGGAGGAGAUAGCUUGUGGGAGCUGACAUGGCUACAUGUCAACAACAUAUCUCCAUCAUUGAAAUCAGAUGUUUUCCCUGAUCAAACUUUGGAGCAGUCAGAGACCAAGACAGGUGAGACUGGGGGAGGUCUAGUAUCUGAUGAAGCAGGUAAAGUAGCUCCAACCGAAACAAUGUCCUCUGAACUUUCUGGCACUGGAGGUUAGCAUGUUGUAAAGUUGGCAACACGAACUGGUCUGCCUAAAGCAUGUUAAUAUGGACGCAUGAUCACGAGUCAGUAAGUAGUCAUAAUGAGGUGUUAUGUUCUGAAUAUGAUGCUACAGAAAUUGGCAGAUGACAUUUUGUUUGUAGAAUUGCUAUAUAUGGAUUAGGCUUUAGCAGAGAGAGAACCAAUAUACUAGUUGUUCAAAAACCUGAGAAGAUUGCUUAUCUCUUUAUACUCAUCUUCAUCUCCUUCGAAAGGUGUCAUCUUUGCCUCCAGAGAACUUCGUUGCAGUGCUAUAUUCCCCGGAUGGUAUUGGUUUUCUCUAAAGAUAGUAUAUCUGCCAGUGAAUUCGUCUAUAUUUUUGUUUGCCUUUUUCAUCAAUGUACAGAACUCAGGAUUUGCUACUUUUAACUUUCAAGUAGUAGUCUACUUGGCAUGGAAACUAAAAUUGUGCCAUGCUUGACAUAGAUAAAUUGCUGUAUCGUAAUUUGCAGAUUGUUGGUUAUUCUAGUGAUGUGGUAUGAUGAGUUGGUGAAUGUUCUUAUGCAAAGUUGGGAUCUUAUAAUGUAGAAAUUGCACUGCAGUUUAAAAUGUGUAACCCUUCUCUUUCUG